AUGCGUUCUUCUGCAGUCAUUGCCCUUUUCGCAGGCUCAGCUGCCGCACAAUCAACUGCAGUAUUGCUGAACCCACUGCUGCCCGCGUCUACGUUCACUGUGCUCGGUUCCAGCUCUGGCACAACCACCUAUGUCAACUCUUGUCCUGAGAGUGCGGGCAUCCCAGCAUCCUUUCUUUCCACCGCCACAGCAGGUAAAUACCAGUCCAAGGUCGAUACCCUAGAAGCUCAACUGACUCUUAGCAAAGCAUCAGCCUCUGCGGCGGCCUCCUCCUCGGUCAUACGCUCGGCAGGCACGCACGUUUUGACGCCCAUCUCCGCACCAUCCACGACCGCGGCCGCACGGCUACGCCGCCAGGACAAUUUCCUUCAAAUCUGCGAGCCUAUGACUCUGAAGCAGGGUUCUUCGUCGAUGGAAAUUCAGCUGGAGGAUCCUAUCAAUGGUGCCUGGACAGCCAACGCAAACUGUGCGUGGAAGGGUGAACUGACGUCCGCCGACCUUACAUGUACCGCUACCCAAAGCGGUGCUUUUGCAAAGAUCUUGGAGGCUGAAGGUGUUACCACCGUGAUUCUAAAGGCGAGCGAGGUUGCGGACGCCUCAGUACUUCACACCGUAAGUGUGGUCCAGCCUGCAUCCAACUCAGCGUCUGCAACACCGUCCGGAUCUCAGUCUGCAUCUGUCAAUGCUACGGCCUCUGGAUCAAGUGCUCCUAACCAGGCCACUGGUGCUGCGGCUGGUGCUCCUCUCUCAAGGAGUGUGAUGGCGUUUGUUGGUGGUGCUGCUGGUAUCUUCGCUGCUGCGCUUGCCUUGUAA